ACGUUUUUACUCCCUAUCUAACGCAUGCAUCGUAAAAACCGGUACUUGCUUUCAAGAGGCAAAAUGCGACUCAUCAAUCGUACAUAAGCAAGAGUUUUAUCCUCAUUUUAAUAGUUACAGUUACAGUAACAGUAACACGAUCUGUGUAGUUUAUCCAGCUCCAGUUAAAGUUACAUUUACCACCCAGUAAUCGUUGUCCGUUAUCCAACCAGGGCAACAUUAGCCGGGCGGAAGGAAACACAAACACAAAAGACCUUUAGCUUUCAUAGAAUACCUUUGUGUGGUUUGUUAUUUUCACCUGUCUCUUGCUACCUGCACCGACAUGGCUACUAACCCUCCAGGACAAGCCUUCCCGAACAAGGCACGGGUGGCGAUACUGGCCGAGCUGGAGAAGGAGAGGAGACGGCUGAUGAACACUCCUGGAGCCAGCAUCCCGCUGUCCAGACCGAGUCUGAAGGAGUUCAGGGACAACGCAGAACAGCAGCACAUCGCUGCCCAGCAGAAAGCUGCCCUGCAGCAUGCACACACGCACUCAUCGGGCUUCUUCAUCACUCAGGACUCCUCGUUCGGGAACCUCAUCCUCCCCGUCAUCCCACGCCUGGAGCCUGAGUCUUGACCUUUUGACCUCCUGCUCUCCUCCUGCUGAGACAAAGCUUUCAAACGACACACGUGCACACCAGACCCACCUCUCUCUCUCUCUCUCUCUCUCUCUCUCUCACUCUCUCUCUCUCUAUCUCUCUCUCUCUCUCUCUCUCUCCCAGUGUCUCUCUUUUAAGUCUGUGAUUAAUGGACAGUUGUUUGUCAUGUUGUAAACAAUCUCAGGGGAGUGUGAAUCUGUCAUUUUUACAUUUUCCAGACCCAACAAGUUGGCUGCUGAAUUCUAGGAAAGCUUUCAAAAAACAGUCGGAAGAAGGUUCCAGAUAGCUGUGAGACAUCCUGCGCAGGGGGCUAAAAACAAACUCUGCAGAAAUACUGUACAUGCUAUCCUGCUCCGUUGCCUUUCACCACACUAAUCCAUUAAAAAUGCACAUUUUGUCAGGCUUUUUACAUUUGUAAUGGAUUUGUAUCGAUAUUUGAAUAAUAAAAUUGUGACAUUAUAUUAUAAA